AUGUCGGCCAACGGCACCGACGCACCAGCUACGCCACGCGGGCUCGUCCGCAUCGACGCCCUCGACCCCUCCACCACAGCGGAGAAGCUCAUCGAGAUCCUCAAUGUCGACGGCGCCGUGAUCGUCCAGAACCUGAUCACACGCGAGCACGCAGCACAGAUCCAACAGGACCUGAAGCCGCACUUCGAAGCCGACGGGGGCGACAAGAGCGGAUUCUUCCCGAGCACGACCCGGCGCGCGACAGGCCUGCUCGCCAUCUCGGACCACUGUGUCGAUUUGGCGCUGAACCCGCUGUUCAACGACGUGGCGAACCGCCUGCUCACUGACGAGUUCACCUACUAUCUCGGCCAGGAGAAACACACGUCCAUCUCCAAGCCGCAGAUCUCCAGCACUGUCGGCUUCCAGGUCAAUCCCGGCGGGAGGCAGCAGGGCCUGCAUCGCGACGAGAUCGACUACCACAUGCGCGACUCCGAUCGCCCGAUGCUCAUCGGCUGCGUCACCGCCGUCACCAAGACGACCAAGGAGAACGGCGCCACCAUCGUCAUCCCAGGCUCGCAUCUGUGGAAGGACGACCGCUGUCCCUAUGACCACGAGGCCGUGCCUGCCGAGCUCGAACCCGGCGACGCGACCAUUUUCCUAGGCAGCACCUACCACGCUGGUGGUGGUAAUACCACCGUAGACCAAGCUCGCGAAACAGUCGGCAUCUUCCUCUGCAAAGGCAUGUACCGACAAGUCGAGAACCAGUAUUUCAUGCUUGCUCUCAUAUCUAAAUUCUCCCAAAAGGUCCCGCCCGAAAAAGCAAAACACCUGAGUCCUAAAGCUCAGCGGCUGCUCGGCUAUGGCAUCAGUCCGCCGUUCUGCGGAUUCGUCAAUUAUAAGGAUCCGAUGAGCCUGUUCUUUGGUGUUAAUGAUGCUGAGACGGUGGUUCUUUGA